AAUGAACUUUGAAUUUUUUUUCAGAGAACAAUUGAUCAUAAAGAAGAUAAAGGAACUUUUGGCUUUGCAAAAUCAAUGGAACGAGAGCGAGACAACGACCGAGAAUCAGAGAUGGACAAAAUAAAAUUGCAAGAACUGCAAGCUAAAUUUGAUCACAGUCUUGAGGCACUUUGGGACAGCGGGCCAGGUAAUGCUGGCGACAAGGCAUCAAUUUGGGCAGCUCCGUCAUUGUCGAUACCAUCAGGCCCACUUUGGCCUGUUGAUCCGACAGAAUUGUUGAUAUUGCCUAUUAUUCAUGAUGAUGAUGACAAUGAUGAAGAUGAGGAUGAUGAUGAUGAUGAUGAUGAUGUUAUUAAUGAUGAGGACAGCAGCAUUAAUUGCAAAAAGAUUAUUAACAGUUGUAACAACACACCAUAUUUUUACAACAAUCACUAUCAUGUUAGCGACGAUGGAACUAUUGCUGACAAUGGAACUGUUAUUCCAUGGGAUAUUGGGAUUAUUGGAGUUGGAAAGUUCAUUGAUGAUUCUAAAGAUAAAAUUGAUUAUAAUUUAAAUUGGUCAGAUUACGGCGGCGAUGGACCAUGGAAUUGGAAAGACCUUGGCAAUAAUUUAAUAACAAUUGAUAAUCCUAAAAUAAAUUCAUUCUACUCAUCACCUCACGAUGAUAUUAAUUUGAUAAUAAAACAACAACGGCAACAAAAAGAGCAGCGGCAAUAUUUAUCAGCGACUAAUGAUUACAAAGAAAAAUUGAACAAUUUAAAAAAUGAAAUUGAUGGAAACAAAAUUAUAAACAAUGAUGGUGGAAAUUUCGUAGAAUUAAAAUUAAAAAAUGAGCAAGAACAAAAGCAAGAUGUUGAAGCUAAAGUAAUAGAAGUUAUUGAAGACAAAGAACAAGUAAGAAUUGAAGCAAAGAAUAAAGCAAGUGAGAAUGUUAAGGUCGAGCAAUCUGAAGUUGAGGAAGAAGAAGAUUUGUUGACAUCAGCCCGUACACACUUUCGUCCAAUAAAAGACGAUGGGAAUUGGGUUGAUGGUACAACAUUUCCUGUCAACAAUAAUUAUGAAUCGGUUAAUUAUCGUCGAUCAUCCUGUGGAAAUUUAUUGUAUCUACCGAAUGAUGAUAAUCCCUACAUGGAGUAUCAUGAAACAAUUAUAGCACCAUUAUCAUCUUCAUCAGCAUCAAACACAUCUACUGCUGCUGGAGACGAAACUGCAGUUAGAAAUUUUACAUUGAAGUUUCGGGUCAAACAGUGUGAUAAGUCAAUCCAAACAGAUCCGAUACGUUCGCCGGUCAAACGACGGAUUAUCGCUGAGCCAGAUCGCCAUUUUUACUAUACCAAGUUGAUAAAUAAUCUUGGAGAUGAUGAUAAUGGUGAUUCUCAUGCGGACGAUGAUGAUGAUGAUGAUGAUGAUGAUAAUGUUAAUAUUUUAACACAAGAAUCUUACGAUAUUGAUAAAGAUUCUUUCAUGUUAGAUCACAUGCAUUGGAAACAACCAAGUUUGUCACUACUUAAUGAUAGAAAACGGAGACAUAGCAGUAGUUUCAACUGCCGACCAUUGGCAGCUUUGCGCCCAUUAACACUUUAAAAAAAGUAGGCAUCAACAGCAGCAAGGGAGAUAAAAUAAUCGCUUAUAAAAAGCACGUGGAGGAUAAUGAUACACAAUUAAUGAUUAAUGGUUAAAGAUUAAUAAUUAAUAAUUAAUAAAUGUAAACACUAUAUUAAUUAACACGUCGAACAACAGCAUAAAGAUAAGUAUCGCGAAAAAUAAAGCAAAUUCAACAUAAUAUAUUAUUUAUGACGGUCAACUGAUCUAUCGAUCAUAAAAUGAUCCAGUGAUCUACCGACCUACUAAUCUUAGUUAAUUAAUUAAAAAAAUAAUAAAAUUAAACCAUAGUGAGGGAGUCCUCGAGGCAUGUGGAAUUUGUUAUGCAUGAUAAGAGGCACAGCUAGCUCCCUUGCAUUAUUUAAAUAAAUUAUAUUAAUUUAAAACGAAAAAAAUGAAAAAAAAAAUAAAUAAAGAAAUUCAUAAAAAUGACAAAAAAAAAAAAAAAAUAAAAAAACAAGAAUCAUAAAACAACACAGCUGUCUCAAUUAAUUAAUUAAUUAAUUAGUCUGGUUAAUUAAUUGAUAAGGAUUAUAAAUAAAAAGGCUUUAAAAGUAAUAGUGAUAGUAGAAUAAACAAUUGUAUCAAUACAAAAAUAUUAAUUACAUAAUUGUUAGGAGUAGAUCAAUUGUUUAUUAAUUAUUAAAAAAAAGCUUCUAACAAUAUUUAAACUUUAAAAAUUUUUAUCGAUUAAUUAACUGGCAGUUUAAAAAAAUUUUAAUUAAUUAAUUAAUUAAUCACUCGAAAAUGAGACAGAAAAAAUAAAUAACUUAGAAGAAAACAAGUAAAUAUUAUUCCUAUUAUUAAUUAUUAUGUCCUUUAACGAAAAAAAUGAAAAAAAAAUCUAAAAAAAAAUUCCGACGCAUCACCUGUGCGUUAAUAAAAAAAUAACAUAAUAAAUAAAUAAAUAUAUACCUCACCUCAAUUUUAUUUUGUUUGAAUAAAACAUAGAAUAAUAUAUAAUUCAUUCAUAAUGAGGUGAUUAUUUGAAAUGAGAAUUAUUUGUUUAGAAGAGUGUCUUUAUGUUAUCUUCAGUUGAUUUUUUCUUGAGUUUUAACUAAUUAUAGUUUUAAUAUAAUCUUAAGUUUUAUUUGUUGAAUGUUAUUUUAACUCAAGCGUUAAUUUUAAUAAAUUAACGGACUUCAUAAUUAAAAUUUCAAUUUAGUCAAUUUAAAUAUUAACUUUCUGUAAAAAAAAAAAAAAAAAAAAAAAAAAAAAAAAAUAUACCGUGACCGAGAUUCGAACUCAAGACCCCUAGCUGGAAGUCUGAAGUUGGAAGUCUUAGUUAGUGACGUCAUAAGCUGAUUCGUCGCUUCAAAUUUAAAAAGUUAAUUAUUAGCGAUAAAAAUAAAUUUUUUUCUAAAAUUUUUUAUGUUUUCUUCUUUAAAAUUUUGGCAAAAAAACAGGGAGUUGAUAGUAAUUAUCAAUUAACCUUAAAAUAUGUCAUUAAUUUAUUGAUUAAUCAUUAACGAAUGGUUAAUAAUAACAUUAAAUAAAAAAAUAGAUUAAUGAGAAGGAAAAGAAAAAAAACAGGAGUUUUUUUUCUUUUUUUAUUUCAAAUAUUUUCUUUUCCUAAUAUAGUAAAACCCUUUUAACGAUUAAUCAAAUAAAAUAAUUUUGAUGAUUAAUUUUGAAUUUAGUCAAUAAAUUUAUUAUUAUCUUCAUUAAGCACGUCGUUAAAGGGUCUCAUAGUUUAAUUAAUUAUUAAUAAUAAUCGACGCCUUAUUAAUAAUUAAUAAGACAAAAUUAAUCGAUAGAUUAACAAUUAUAAUUAUUAUUAUAACUAUCAUAAUUUAAAGUUUCAACUAAUUAAUUAACCAUCAAAUUAAUUAAUUGAUAGAAAAAAAAAUGAUCUUCGUAGUCAAAAGAAAUUUAUUUAUUAACACAUUCCUAAUCACCUUACAGCCUUUUCUUGAAGCCCUGAAAAAAAUUUUUCGAAAAUCAAAUUAAAAUAUAAAAAAAUUUUUUCUUUCAAAAAAAUAUUUAUUUUUGCCGAAAAUUUAAUAAUUUAGUGAGUCAAAAAUUGAAAAAAAAAAAAAAGAGUAAUAUAUAAAGAAAUUCAAUGAGAAUUGAACGCGGAAGAAAAAUAGAGCAUGUUUAUUAUUAUUACUAUUAUUAUUUUAAUUAUUAUUGUCAUUAUUUUGUUGUUUUUUGUGUUUUAUUUAUUUUAAAGUUUCUUCUUGUUUGCGAAAAAAAAAAAAAAAAACAAUUAUAAGCACGCAAGAUGAGUAAUAAAUGAAUUGAUGAGUGAGAUAAAAUGUGUUAUAAAAAAAAAUAGAUUGAGUGAAGAAAUGUAGAAGGAAAUUCGGAUUGAGAUGUGAAAAAUCGACUAAAUUAGAAGUGAGAAGGUGGAAUAAAUUGUUCGAAUUUUAUUGAAAUAAUAAAUUGAAUACUAUUUAUGAAACUUGUGGAAUAAAGUGACGAGAAUGUAA